AUGAACAAGGACACAAACCAGGUGACAGAGAUCAUGGAUAUCACCUUGAAGAUCAUCUACCUGUUGACUGGAGAGGUGAGCGUUUCUAGGAUUAUCGCCUCUCGUAUCACUUAGAGCAUUUCUGUUGCCUGUUCUUUAGAAAAACAAACACUUGAAAAUGUCCUAGUCUUGGGUUUUUAUAUGGCAUCUUAUGAUGGCUGUUGUAUGUUUUAUGUAUGUAUGUUAGCAAAAAUUAAGAGCCAGGUUUUGUAUAUUUUCUCGAAAAGUUGUGUAGCGGUGUAGAAUCCAUGAAGGCAAUAAGGCAAAUUUUAUAGCUUGUAUCAUGGUUGUAUCCAAAUUGGAGUUAAAUUUAUGUAGAAUGUAGAUGAUGCCAGGAAGUUAUAUAAAUGAGCUGAUAUGUUAUCGCUCUUCUCUAUCACAUAUGUUUUUAAUAUAUAGGAUUAUAUUUUUGAGAAGAUGCCCGGUGAUCAGUUAUCACACAUAAACAGUCUUUGCAGCACCCAGAGCCCCAACACUGUGCCUCCACUACAUGAGAGAAACAAUGAGCAGAAUCUCCUAGAACUAACCAACAAGAUCACUCACCUUCUGACUGGAGAGGUGAGCCUACUGGAAAAGGGAGAAUGACCCCAUUAUCUUUAAUUUUCUUUUUAUGUAUGUUGUGUGUGUCACAUCCCUAUAGUUUGGAAGCAUUUUAUGGUAUGUCUUGCAGGUGUGGCAGUAUUUAGAAUGGCACAGGAAUCUUCACAAGGAUGUGAUGACAGAGACGUACCAGCCUUGUAGCUCACCGGGUAAGGGUCAUUAUAUUGUAUAUGUCAACUAACAGAAAUGAUGUUAUCGAGGAGGGGCAAUUAUUUAUAGAAUCCAUGGAGACUGAGAAAAAUACAGUAAGAGAAUAGCAGAUGUGUUUUGCACUUAGUGAGUUAUUGACUUACCAGGGAAAUAAUUCAGUUAAUUUUAAUUAAUUUUGUUGUGUGAGUGUAAGGGAAUUUUAAUAUUGUGGGCUUCACUCUGCUUUUCUACUUGUUUUUGGGGGGGUUUGCCCGCCCACUAGAGUGGGUUGUGAAGAACUUUACAAAACAGAGUACAAAAUGUUUGGGAUCAUUUUAGAUGAUUGUUUAUUGGCUUCUUAAUUACACAAAAUAAUUUUGUUUCUUUCCAAUAGAUGAAUCUGUGGGAAGUGAUCUACUUGAAAGUUUUCACACCACCAUUCCUUCACUGGACUGUUUAAACAAAAAGGACAGUUACAAUAUAAAUCUGUCUGCUCAUCAUACUAACGCUUGCAGAGCUACAAAGCAGAAAAUAAAAUGUAUUGUGAAAAAGACUGAGGAAUUGGCCUCAUCUAAAAAAGGAAAAUCUGCGGACAUCAACAUCUGUGCAAAUACAGAACAUGUACAAAAAGAAUGUCCAGCUACUCUAAUUAAGGAGGAAUCUGUAUCAUGUAAGGAAGGAAAUCUCACCGACCAGUGUCCAGCUACAGAACACACGCAUACAGAUUAUACAGAAUCUACACAAAUUAAAAAGGAUCCAGUCUCAAGUGAAGAAGGAAAUCACACAGCCACUGCCAUUUAUACACCCACAGAACAUACACAGACUGAACUCCCAUUUUCACAUAAUAAGGAUCAGUCAUGCCAGGAGAGAAAUCACACAGACAUUGACAUUUAUACAACCACAGAACAAACACAGUCACAAUAUCCAUCUACUCAAAUUAAGGAGGAAUUAGCCUCAUGUGAAGAAGGAAAUCUGUCAGACACUGACAUUUAUACACCGGCAGAGCAAGCACAGACAGAUUGUUGGUUUCAUAGUCGAGAAUACAGCAAAGGGGUUAUAACAAGUGAAGGAAAUAAGAUUCUGAAUGUAACCAAAUGCAGUGAUUGCAGCAUAAAUUUUAACAAUAUGUCUGUUUAUGCUGCUCACUUGAGGACACAUGCCAUGGAAAGCAUUUACCUCAGUGGCAAGCCAUUCUCAUGCACUGAGUGCAACAGAUGUUUCUAUCUAAAAACAGACCUUAUUAGACACAUGAGAACACACACUGGGGAAAAACCAUUUUUUUGCUGUAUCUGUGAAAAAACUUUUACCCGCAAAUCUGCACUCAUUAUACAUCAGAGAACACACACAGGAGAUAAGCCAUUUUUAUGUUCUGUUUGUGGGAAAUGCUUUGCUCAGAAAUCAACUCUUGUUCUGCACCAGCGAAUUCACACAGGAGAGAAACCAUUUGCCUGUUCUGUGUGUGGGAAACUCUUUGCACAGAGCUCAAAUUUAUUAAAACAUAAGAAGAUUCAUACACUAGAAGACAAUGUUUUCUAA